ACGACCGGCAUCCAGAUCUGGAGCGAGGUCUUCCCCAUCCAGAAAAGUGAUGGAAGCGAGGUGGCAGUAAUGCUUAUGGACACUCAGGGAGCUUUUUAUAACCAGUCCACAGUGAAAGACUGUGCCACCAUCUUUGCCCUCAGCACCAUGACCAGCUCCAUUCAGAUUUACAAUUUGUCCCGGAACAUCCAAGAAAAUGACCUGCAGCAGCUACAGCUUUUCACCGAGUACGGCCGGCUGGCCUUGGAUGAAAUCUUCCUGAAGCCUUUCCAGUCCUUGAUGUUCCUCAUCCGCGACUGGAGCUUCCCCUACGAGUGCACGUACGGCUUUAAAGGAGGCAAUGAAUUCCUGGAGAAACGAUUACAGGUCAAGGAGGCCCAGCACGAGGAGCUGCAAACGGUGAGGGAGCACAUCCACUCCUGCUUCACCAACAUUUCCUGCUUCCUGCUGCCACACCCUGGUUUGAGAGUUGCCACCAGCCCGACUUUUGAAGGACAACUUAAUGCGGUGGCACCAGAGUUCAAAGAGCAGCUGAAGAUUUUGAUCCCCGAUCUCCUGCAUCCCGACAACCUGGCCGAGAAGGAGAUCAAUGGAAACAAAGUCACCUGCAGAGGCCUGCUGGAGUACUUCAAGGCUUACAUCAAGAUUUACCAGGGAGAGGACUUGCCCCAGCCAAAGACUAUGCUCAUGGCGACAGCGGAGGCCAACAACCUGGCAGCCGUGGUGGCGAGUAAAGAUCAGUAUUACAGGAACAUGGAGAAGAUGUGUGGCGGAGACCUGCCCUAUGUGUCUCCUGAGUCACUGGAGGAGAAGCACCAAUUUUACUUCAAGGAGGCUCUCUUCUCCUUCUCCUCCACCAAGAAGAUGGGCGGCCAGGAGUUUUGCGACCGCUACCAAGAGCAGCUGGAGAAGGAGCUGGUGGAGAUGUGGGAGUCGUUCACCAAGCACAACGAGGUCAGCGACAUUAGUUGCGCACGUUAGCUCAGCUCUGCAGGAAUGAAUGGCAUCAAUCCAUGUCCAAAAAUGUCUGACGGGACCACCGGUGUGUGUGAACUGGCGCUUUUAUUUUACAAAGGCGGAAAGGUGAGGAGGGCAGGGAAAUAAAAAAAGAGACAAAAAUGAGAAUCCGUUUGUUGUAGGGUAGACAUGUUUUAAGGUCUGUAUAAUAUGGCAUCACAGCACUAUUUUGUCUAAAUAGAAUUCCUCAUAUCACAUCGACAUAAUUCCUUGGUAGAAAGAUGGCAGCAAAGAAUUUUUGUCUUGGUGAAACUUUAGUAUACAGUAAUUCCAAGAUGGUGUCAAAGCACUCUGUUUGUCUAAUCCUCCAUUGAUCCCUUGCCUGAAAGAUGGAGGCAAAGCACUAUUUGACUAAAUGAAGCAUUUUACCUCACGUCAACAUAGUUCCUUGGCCUUAAGAUGUUGGUAAAAGCACAACCAACUCAACUGCUGUCUUGUCUCCCACCAGGCCACGGUGGUGCUGAACAAGUCGAGAGAACAGAGGCUUUCCGUGAAGAAAUCCAGUUAGAGGACCGGCGAGGCUUUUGGUCAUCUCGACGCCACGCAAAUCUACAGCCGACACAGAGCCGCAUUCAGCCUUAUCAUUGCGCCCCCACCCCCCUUCCAUUUCUUCUCCCCUAACCCUUUCUCUGUGAGAACAUACAACACCAAAAAAAAAAAAAAAGCACAAGAGAAGGAUACAUUCCCAAAAGCCAGCAUGUUUCAUACCCGCGUUGGGACACAAGCUGCCUGCUUUGAAAGCAUCGCACCUUCUGUCGAUCCUGCCGCAUUUCCAAAAGAUUCACCAGGAAAAGUUCUUUCCAGCGGUUACAGGCUUCUUUUUGCACAAUUUGGUUGUCUACCUUAUGAGGAUGGCUUUUGCAGCUUUUUAUAUGCAUAUUUUAGAAGUUCAAUUUAUUUUCUUUUACAGUGUGCCUUGGAAGCGUUCCAGUCUCGAUGGAGACGUAACAUUCCUGAUCAAGUUCGGUUGUUCCCUUUUGCUGAAGUAGCAAGGAGGAGAUUGUUGCAGUAAUGUCACCAAAUCAGACCACAGUAGAGCGUGAGCCUAAAAUGAGCGUCAAAUGUAAAGAAUUUCUUAUGGAUGGCAGCAAAAGGCUACUAUUGGAUUGAUAAAUUGACCACUUUAACAGAUAGGCUCCACGUCUUUGACCCUGACUGAGAAAAUGAGUUUUUUUCCUGUGCCCAUUCUUUCUUUACCCAUCAAUAUUUAAAACACCCACAAAAAAAAAACCUCACAAAUUACACAUGAGUGUGUAUUAUUUGUGAGUGUAUAUCUUGUGAGAACUGUGGCCCUUUUGUCGUCUCUUUGAUUUUGGUUGCGUUAACUCCUUUGCAAAAUAAAAUCAAUUACAUAGUUUGCAUUCAGUCGUAAUAUAGCUUCCACAAUGUGAAUGCUAAUAUACAAUGGCAAACUCCAUGGUCACACAGCCUAGCGAUUAGCAUUUAUGUGUUUAAUGCUAGUGUUUUGUACAGUAAUGAUUACUUCAUUUGGAUAGUUUUACAAAAAUAGUAGUUUUCCUUAGAGUUGAAUAUAAUUAUUUGGAUUUGGAUUACACUUUUAUUUGAAUUAGGGAGGUAUUUUCAUAGAAGGAAAAUAUUACUAUGAAGAUUAUUACGACUAUUAACUCUCACUUUUUCAGAAAGUGCGACAUAAUAGUCUCUGAAUGUCACUUUGUUAAAUGUUGGUAAUAAAAAUCAGGAAAAGUGCUGAGAGCAAUACUGGACUUCCCCAAUAUCCCAAAUUGUGUACCAAACCUUUAUUUAGACCAGGAUUUAUCGAACAUGUCAGAAAUGGAGUUAGCCCACAUCUUUUCUCAGUGGCAUUUUUCCCCCCCCAGAGGUCGUCGUGAAUGAUGGAGAACCUGUGCCACACCCUGGCGCCAUUAUGCCCUUGUCCUGCUGCUUUUGGGGGGGCUUUCUCCUCCUUUUCUUUUCUUAUGGAUGGCAGCAAAAGGCUACUAUUGGAUUGAUAAAUUGACCAACUCAAUUCACUUUUAUGUCGUUCUUUGACAUCAUGAUGCCACUGAAUGGCCACUUCUGGCUAAAUGAACGCUCUUUUACUCACUUCAACAUAGUUCCUUGGCAUCAAGAUUGUAGCAAAACUCCAUAUUUGUCCAAACUGAGCUCCUCGGUUCACUUGAACAUCAUUCCGCUGCACCAAUAUGGCAUCACAGCACUAUUUUGUCUAAAUAGAAUUCCUCAUAUCACAUAGACAUAAUUCCUUGGUAGAAAGAUGGCAGCAAAGAAUUUUUGUCUUGGUGAAACUUUAGUAUACAGUAAUUCUAAGAUGGUGUCAAAGCACUCUGUUUGUCUAAUCCUCCAUUGAUCCCUUGCCUGAAAGAUGGAGGCAAAGCACUAUUUGACUAAAUGAAGCAUUUUACCUCACGUCAACAUAGUUCCUUGGCCUUAAGAUGUUGGUAAAAGCACAACUUUUGUCCGAGUGUAGCUCAUCUUUUCCCUUCAAUAGAUGUCCUUGUCACCAAGAUGGCGCCAAAUGAAUGCUUAAAGUUUAAAAAAAGAAUAACUUGAUGUACCAUACAUUAUUUUGAAAUGACAAACAAGCAAGCAUGUGGAGGUUUACUCGAACAAAAGAAAAAUCCUGCAUUCCAAAUUCUCUACUGAGCAUUCCCUUUCGUGUUAUUCAAAAUAGAUUUUGAUACAGAAAAGUUGAUAUUUUCUAGAUAGGUUAUUUAUAGAAAGUGCCUUCUGUAAUGUUUACAACUCCAAAGGUUCUAUUGAUUGACAAAGAUCAUCUAACUUGAUGAUGUAGUGACCACGUAGCCAAAGACUUUGCUUUGCUUUUGCAGCCUCUUCGAGUUAGUCCAUCUUGCUACGAUGAAUAUACUGUACGUAUAGUACUGCUGUGUUAACGAGACAUGACUUUGUUUUUUUUUUAUGAGCAUUCCCUUUCGUGUUAUUCAAAAUAGAUUUUGAUACAGAAAAGUUGAUAUUUUCUAGAUAGGUUAUUUAUAGAAAGUGCCUUCUGUAAUGUUUACAACUCCAAAGGUUCUAUUGAUUGACAAAGAUCAUCUAACUUGAUGAUGUAGCGACCACGUAGCCAAAGACUUUGCUUUGCUUUUGCAGCCUCUUCGAGUUAGUCCAUCUUGCUACGAUGAAUAUACUGUAUGUAUAGUACUGCUGUGUUAAUGAGACAUGACUUUGUUUUUUUUUUAUGAGUUGUAUCUCCACCAGGAUACAUUGGACACAUCCCCAGGGAUGUGUAGCUUCACAGACACAUUGUUGUAUUUUUUCAGAGUUGUGGGUUAAGAAUUAAGAACAAUAACAUUUAGUUGUUUUUUUAUAUUAAAUUAUAAACAAUUUAAUAAUUUUAAUAUAACUUCAACAGCUCAGGGACAUCAAAGAGAGAAAAAUGCCACGUGCGCCAUCCGAUGUGUGGAGACAUUUCACACAAGCUAAUUUGCAAGGAAAGUCUUUGUAUAUCUGCAAAUAUUGUGAAAAGGCAUACACAAAAAAUGCCACAAAAAUGCAGCAGCAUAUUGCAAAGUGCAACAAAUUUCCUCAAGGCUCAACACGUGCAAUAGAUGGGAGUUCCACUACAGAUGAAAAUAAAUCUGCAUCAGCCGCAUCAGAGUCAGAUACCCUCUCAUCAGCUCCUGGUCCCUCUGGCAUCAGAGGAUUCUUUGAUCAUAUGGAUGAACAAAGCAAGAGACGUGCAGAUGAGUGUAGCGCUCGUGCAGUCUAUGCAACUGGCUCACCCCUGAUGCUAACGGCCAAUGUGUACUGGAAGAGAUUUUUGAAUGUUCUCCGGCCAGCAUACACCCCCCCAACCAGACAUGCGCUAUCCACUCAUUUGCUGGAUGAAGAGUUUGGCAGGGUGCAGACAAAAGUCAAGGAAACUAUUGACAAAGCAGACUGUAUUUCAGUCAUCUCAGAUGGAUGGUCAAAUAUCCGUGGACAGGGUAUCAUCAACUACAUUGUCACCACUCCUAAACCUGUAUUCUUCAAGAGUGUAGACACAAAGGACAACAGACACACAGGCAUCUACAUUGCUGAUCAGCUGAAAGUGGUCAUCAAUGAUCUUGGACCAGAGAAGGUUUUUGCACUUGUGACUGAUAAUGCGGCAAAUAUGAAGGUUGCCUGGGAACACGUGGAGGAGACCUUCCCUCAUAUAACAACCAUUGGCUGUGCUGCCCAUGCUCUCAAUCUUCUCCUUAAAGACAUAAUGGCACUGAAGACAAUGGACACUCUAUACAAGCGAGUGAAGCAAGUUGUCAAGUAUGUGAAGGGCAAACAAGUAGCUUCAGCAACUUAUCUGUCAAAGCAAAAGGAAAAAAACAAAAAUACCACGCUGAAGCUCCCCAGCAUCACACGAUGGGGUGGCGUUGUCAUCAUGUAUGACAGUCUUUUGGAUGGAAAGGAGUCCCUGCAAGAGAUGGCCAUAUCCCAGACUGCAGGCAUCGAAAGUGACAUAAAGAAAGUCAUGUUAGAUGAUGUGUUUUGGGAAAGAUUGUCCAGCAGUCUGGGAAUCCUCAAACCAAUUGCAGCAGCAAUAGCCAAGAUAGAGGGUGAUGGUGCCAUCUUAUCAGAUGUCCAGUGUCUUUUUGCAGACCUCAAAGAAGACAUCCAGACAGUCCUGCCCACUUCCCUACUGCUUAAAGCAGAGGAAACUGCUGUUGUGAAGUUGCUAGAAAAGCGCAGGGAGUUCUGCAUGAAGCCGUUGCAUGCAGCAGCAUACAUGCUGGACCCAAAAUAUGACAGGGAUUUACUCUCUGGGGAAGAGAUGAGCAGUGCUUACACCGUUAUUACAGCCUUGUCAGACCACCUGGGCCUUGAUAAAGGCAAAGUACUUGGCAGUUUGGCAAAGUACAGAACAAAGCAAGGCCUUUGGGAAGGGGAUGCAAUCUGGCAGUCAUGCCAGCAUAUAUCUGCAGCCACCUGGUGGAAGGGACUUUGUGGAUCGGAGGCUCUUGCACCUAUAGCCUCCAUCAUACUCCAGAUCCCACCAUCAUCAGCUGCCUCAGAGCGAAACUGGUCCAUGUUUGGGAACACACACACACACAAAGGUGCGCAACAGGCUCACAAAUCUGAGAGUGGAAAAAUUGGUUGCUAUUCGGGCUAACCUGAGGCUCUUUGAGCCUGACAAAGAGCCAUCCUCCACAAGGCUGGACAGUGACUCUGAAGAGGAAGAGUUAGAGUCCGAUGUUGAGGAAGUGGACAUGCAGGAUGUUGAGACCCACGAAUGCCUACUGCCUGAAAGGGUUUAGCAAGAAAAUUAGAAGCUUGAGAAGCUCUAGGGAAGCUGACUUUUUUUUAUGUGCAUGUGGAUUGGGACUUUUUUGGAGAGAUUUAUUUAACAUUUUGAAUGGGACUUUGUUUGGAUUUUUGGAUUAGGGGGAGGCAUUUGUGUUCAUUUUUGAGUAAAAUUUAACUCCACGUUCAUGUGUUUGUUCUGUUUGAUUGUUCAACUUAUAAAUAAAUCUGUUUUAAUUGUAUCUGCUUUAAUUGUAUUAUUUUGCUUAUAACUAAACAAUUAUUUUUGCUUAGAUAUGAUACCUUUCCACUAAAUUACCCUCAAUUCCCAUAAAUUCCCAUUAAAUUCCCAUAAAUUCCCAUAAAUUCCCAUAAUUCCCA